AUGAAUGGAUUUAUGAAAUAUUCUAAACAUAAUAAAUCUAGCUUUUUUUGUUAUCCGGAAUUGAUUGCAUUAAAAAAGUCUGAAAUUUCUGGAUUGAAAGAGCUUGGUGUUAUUUAUAAUAAUAAUAAUAAUACAAAUUUUGUAAAACAAAUUCAAUGGUCUCCAGAUGGGAUGUGUCUUUUGAGUUCUUCUAAUGAUAAUAUUUUGCGAAGUUUUAUUAUUUCAGAUAGUAUUUUAGAAAAAAACGAAAUUUCUGAAUUACCAUGCUCUUCCUUUAUUCGAUCUGCUGAGCCUGUUUAUUCCUAUGUUUGGUAUCCUAAAAUGAAACUAAAUGAUCUUAAUUCGUGUUGUUUUUUAGUUUCUGUUCGUGACCAUCCUAUUCAUUUAUAUGAUGCUUUAACUUCAACGUUAAGGGCUUCAUAUCCUCUUAUAGAUCAUUGUGAAAGAUUUCUUGCUCCGAAUUCCUUGAUAUUUUCUUUGGAUGGUGCUAGGUUUAUCGCUGGUACUAAUAAUAUGUUAUCUAUAUAUGCUUUACAUAUGUAUGGUGAUGGUCCUAUAGCUACUUUUCAUACAACACCCACAAGGCAUUCUAAAUCCUCUUUGUUUCAUCCUAUUCAAAAAGGUAUUAUUUCUUCACUUAGUCUUAAUACUCUUGGAGUUCUUGCUGCUGGAACUUUUAGUUCAACUGUUGGUAUAUAUUCUAAUGAAGGUUGUGGUGAUAUUGUUUCUGUCUUUAAUGUUGGUGAUGGGGGUGUGACACAAGUUUUAUGGAUAAAUGACUAUAAAUUGCUUGUAGUUUCACGUAAGUCUGAAAAAAUGAGCAUUUGGGAUAUUCGAACCCUUUCAUGUAUUAAAACUUUGGGUCCUCGUUUUGCUAUGACACAACAAAGAAUGACUGUAGAUAUUUGGGAUAAUUAUAUUAUAGCCGGAAGCAUGGAUGGUAUUGUUAGGAUAUGGAAAGAUGAUAUUUUACUAUUUGAAUGGAAUGCCCAUCAUGAUGUAGUAAGUUCUGUAGUUGUACAUCCAUUAUAUCCAUUAGUUGCAACCUGUUCUGGUUCAAGAAAAUAUGAUGAAAAAUAUUUUGAUAAAUAUGAUAAUGAUAGCGAUAAUGAUAUGAAAUGCAUUUCACGUAAUUAUGAUAAUAGUAUUAAAUUAUGGAAUUUGUUAUGA